GUGACCUACUUAUCUUAUCUUCAAUAGUCUUUCAUGACUACGUUCUAGAGUCCAGCUUGUGGGAAGAAUUUUCUGACUCCAGAAGAAAACAUUCGAACCAGUUGGUCAAGAGUCAAGUCUGUCAAAAUGCUGUUGUUCAUAUUUCUCAAUAUUGUAGUCACAGCUGCGUUGGCUGCCAACAGCUCAUUUGUCCACGACUACCACUUGUCGAGUGAGGACAUCAGGUUUCUGCAGAGUUUACCAAGAGUUAAGGCAGGAACUCGCCUCCCUGGCUUCAAAUACCUUUACCUCGAGGCCGGAAGUCAUCUAACCGCCGUUUUGAACCCCGCCCACAGCCAGCUGGAGAUUGCCGGGUCACCCCACACUUCCCAGCAUGCUCUUGACAUCGCAGCAGACACAGUGAUGAAAAUGACAAAAUACAUGCCGGCCAGUAUGUUCCAAACUUUGACCAGAGGCUCGGUGGGCGUCUUCUCCGCCGCAGAGAAGCUGAUCAUUUACCCAGAGAUGGCUUCCUUAGCUAACGGAAACUGCGGCACCUCAUGCACAGGCGCUUGUUCUCACACCUGUACGUUUGACGGGCGGAAGUAUGAAAACAUUGGAGGCCUGACCAACUCCAGGUCAGUCAUUCUAGACGACAAUGUCCUCUGCUCUCCCCAAGACCCACACAGACACACCUCCAACAUUCUGGUCCACGAGUUCGGCCACUUGGUCCACGCCUACGCCACCACUUCAGCCAUCAAGACCCAGAUCACCAACGCCUACAACGCGGCCAAGCAGCACCAAACCUGGCAACUUAACACCUACGCCAUGGCCAACGAGCACGAAUACUGGGCCAUGGCCACGGCCACCUUCUUCGGGGUGACCCACGAGAGCGACAGCAACACGGGAGGCAUGAACCACUGCGGCACUAACUUCUGCGCGGGUGUCCAGCAAGCGAGAGACCACCUGAGGCAAAAAGACCCUGCACUGUUCAACGUCCUGUCUCAUGUUUACACCAACAACCAGCCGACAUUAAACCCAGGAAUCCCCAUUUGUCCAAGUGGUUCAGUGGUAGUGGGAUGAGUUAGAAAUGUGAAGAUGGAGUUAUGUCUGCAACUAAAAUGCAACUUGUACAUUUGUUAUAGUUCUAUUAGUUGUUAUGUUUUCUAAAUGCACAGAGUAAGACUUAUUAAAUUAUAACUCAAGAAUCACCUGAAUAAAAAUCUGUUUCUUUA